AUGUCAAAAAGUAUCUGCGUGCUGACGUCAAUACUUUUGUUUAUACAAAAUAGUGCACUUAUUAAUGCAACCAAGGUUAAUAUUAAUGACAUCAACUCAAUCUAUGGCUACUUCGAUAAAAUUGCAAGUAAAGCUAUCGACGACUAUGAAAUAGAUUCACGAUUGACUACCGAAGUGAAUAAAAGAACACUGAACAUCAUGUUCGACGACAAAAAUAGAGUUUUCAACGAAUUGUCCAACAUUUCAAUGAAUUUGAAAUACUAUCACAGUAACAAAAAUUGGACACGUGUCAUGCGGUUAAUGGAAAAUUAUGAGUAUCAAAAGAUUGCGAAGUUCGACUUAUAUGAUUUAUUUUCGCGAGAGAACGAACUAUCAGAAUUGCGUAGAAGAAUAGAAGCAGCUACGAAUGCUUUCAAAUUUGUUGGUAGAUUGGAGGAAUUUAAUAAUGCAGAGAAUUUUUGCGCAGAGGUUUAUCCAGUUGCUAAUUUUUUCUUGGAGCCUUUACACCGUGAAUCGCUGUCUGAAAUUUACUCCGAUUUCAUGAAGAUGGUCAGGCAUCAAAUUAUUGCCAUCAAGAAAAAGACCCCAAACAUAGCAGUUUUUCUGCGAGCAUCAUUUCAUGAUUAUUAUCAACUGAUGAUGGUAGUCCAGAUGAAGUUGAUUGGUUUGAAAUUUUUCAAUUCUCUUACAGAACGGCGGUGUAGAAAUGGCUACCAUAUCAACAGCUUACAUUACUCAUAUUGGCCGCGAUUCGCGUUGAAGGAGACCCAACAAAUAAUGAAAGAAACAUUGAAGACUGUGAAGAGUCUCAAUUGCUAUGCAGAUGAUUGUGAAGUAGGUCCACAACACCAAGGUGGGUUGAAUAGUAGGGAGAAAAACAAAAAGAGACGCUACAAAUGGUUUGAAGACGCCAAUGCAACAGUUCACAACAACAACAAAACUUGUCAUGAAACCAUCACAAUUCUCAAUGAAUACGAAUCAUUAGACGAUAAUUGCGGAUAUUGUCUUUGCACUUGUGUGUCCAAACAAUUACGGUCACCUUACAUGACCACGGCCAUCAGUUUCAGGGAUCAAAUAUCAGAUAUCUACAAUGACAUGUUGAGUAUUCUAACUUCAAUAUCAAGGGUGGUCACCGGUUUAAGAUUCGUCGAGAAAGAUGACAUGAUCCACAUGCAAAUCAUGGAAGGCCAGUUGUUUAUGAAUGGACGAGGCCACUUGAAUCGGUGGAAGCCUUUGGAGAAGUUUGAUUUUGAUCAGAAUACGGGGAUGUAUUACGUAGAAAACGGAAUAGAUAUGAUGACACCAUUAUCGUCGGGAGUUGACUACGGACAUCCAGAGACAAUGAACUUAGACUACGUGGUUGCGCCAACAGGUUAUGUCAUCACUGGCGUAAGAUUCAGAGUUGCUGAAGAUUCUAUCGAUAAUCCACUUUUGGGGAAUGGUCCGAUUGAACUGCAGAUACGAGUCACGCCGUUUGAUUCUGUCCACAGAAAACUUUCAGAUAUCCAUCAAUCACGUUGGGUGGCUUCUCAAUCUUUAAGGGAACGAAAAUUCGUCAAAUUUGAUUUCUCUGACUUCCAAAAAGAUGUUGGAGAAUCAACAGUUUCUUUUAUUGAUGGCCGAACUGUGAAAUCGGGCAAUUUCGCACCGAUUAGAAGCAUUGGAAUUCGACAUCGUCGAAAUGAAGGUCACUAUGGACGUCUUGGUUUUCAGAUAUUUUCUGUCUAA